AUUUUAACCAGACGUCAGUGCCAUCAGCAAGAGGCUAUAUGGGAACUGCUGCAGACAGAGUCAGACUACAUCAAGAAAUUGCAUGUCAUCACUGAUCUGUUUCUGUGUGGCCUGCUGAACCUGCAGGAGAGUGGUUUACUUAGUGAAGUCGAACCUGUGCGCCUCUUCAGUAACAUUCAGGACAUCGUGCAACUGCACACAUCCCUGUGGGCUGAGGUCAUGCUGCCGGCGCUAGAGAAAGCCAGACAGAAAAGAUCAGUGAUCAACCCCACUGAACUACAUCAGGGCUUCAGCACUUUUGGUUUCCGAUUCAAGCCCUACAUCCAUUACUACAUGGAGGAAGAGGCCUGUAUGGAGUACAUGCGCACUUUACUGAAAGACAAUGAACUCUUCAGAAUAUACGUAACUUGGGCAGAAACUCAUAAACAGUGCAACCGGCUGAAGCUGACAGACAUGUUGGUGAAGCCUCAUCAAAGACUUACUAAAUACCCACUGCUGCUCAAAAGUGUGUUGAAAAAGACAGAUGACCCGGCAACUCGUGAAGCCCUUAACAAAAUGGUGGCUGCUGUUGAAUGCUUCAUUAACAGUGUGGACUCACAAAUGAGACAAAGGGAGGAAAAACAGAAGCUGGCUGCCAUCGCUGGACGUAUAGAGGCGUAUGAGGCCGUGGAGGGGGCCAGCGAGGAGGUGGAGAGGAUCCUCAGGGAAUAUAAUAACUUUGACCUGACUGCUCCAGUCAUGGGCGCCCCACCUGAAGAGACUCGUCAGCUGCUCCUAGAGGGAGCUCUCAAGAUGAAGGAGGGUAAAGAGAGCAGGAUGGAUGUAUACUGUUUCCUGUUCACUGAUGUUCUGUUGAUUACUAAGUCCGUGAAGCGUGUAGAGAAAGUGAAGGUGAUCCGGCAGCCUCUCGUCAUCCAUAACGUGGUGUGCCGAGAGCUGAAAGACCCAGGAAGCUUCCUCCUUAUCUACCUCAACGAGUUUCGCUGUGCCAUUGCCUCCUACUGCUUUCAGGCCAACAGUGGCACUCAGGGCCGCAGCUGGAUUGAGGCCAUUUACAACGCACAGAACCAGCUCCAGAGACUUUGCUCUGAGACCCAGAGAGAUGACAGAGAUGAGGAUGAGACAGAAAGCAGCAUGUCCACCUCUAGCUCUCCAUCAAUACAGCACAGAGAGCCUCUAGGCAAGAG